UCUCAAGUCUCCUUAUUUUAUGAUUAUAUCAAACGAGAAUGGCGAGCGAUAAGCCGAAGUCUUCGCGAAGUAAACGGGAGCAGGCGUUGAUCUGUUGCCGGUGAGCGCUUCGAUCGAGGGGAGGGGCUUCGGGAGAUCCUCUUCAUACCAAUCCCGGCGCUUGCAACCGAGGGAUUGACCAGGGAACGAGGGAACGCCGGGGGAAGCCAUGGUUAUGCCGCCGUCCGGCGAUGUGUGCUGCGUCUGCCACGAGCGGUUUCGGCUCCCCUGCCAAGCCAACUGUUCGCACUGGUUCUGCGGGAAUUGUAUUCUGAGGGUCUGGAAUUCUGGAUUUGUGCUCCAGCCAUGCAAGUGCCCCCUAUGCCGUCGUGCUAUAACUCUGCUUAUACCUGCAUCAACGAUAAAUGAGGACCAUGACCGGGAAGCUUAUCAAGUACUUCAGAGUAUUGAGAAUUACAAUCGCCAGUUUGGCAGAAACCCCAGCCUUAUUCAGGAUGUUCCAUUCUUCAUAAGAAGGUUAUUGAGAGAAUUUGUGGAUCCUCAGAGAGCACUUCCCUUCGUCUUCAGAGCACGAACAGCCUUGUCUGUAAGUUCAUCAAUGAUCAAAUGGAUGGUGUGCAGAUCACUACAUAAACUAGCUAUUAUCUCAAUGUUUUAUAAUUGUGCUAUCUAGAUACUAAGAGCAAAUAACAUAUUUUUUGAGAUCCUACUUUUGUAUUUUAGCAAUGUCAGUAGUAUGCAUCCAUGAAGAUUCCAAAGGUAUGCAAUAUUAUCUGAAUGUCUAAUUGACAUUACAAGUUUCUUGAUGCAUCCAACAUUUUUGAAACAUGUCGAGUCACAGAAUGCUAGUAGUCUCAGCUUUAUGUUGCAGGAGGUAUAGAAGUUGCUGGUCCUGUCCUAAAUUUAGCAGCAUUCAGUAUGAGUUGACUUGCUCACUUCAUCCCAUCAUUUACUUUGAUCAUUUACAUUCUCUUCGUAACUGCAACUAAUCUAGAAACUUUUGCAGCUUGAUUUAAAAUAUCGACUCACAAAUGAAUGUGGCAUAUUUCGAGAUAUAAAAACUAACUAACCUCGUGCUGUGCUAUUUAAGCUUUGUAAAACCUUCUAUUUAUGAAAGAGUGAACUCAGUCAUGGGAUAUAAGUAUAUAAAGUUUGAUUUAGUCAGUGCAUCUAAUGUGACUUGUAUUUGUAGAUAUUACUGAGCAUUGGUUAUGUUGCGAGCCCCAUUGACAUUUUAUCGGAAAGUAAGUUGCCGUUGACUUAACUCCGCCAAAUAUAAUUCACAAUGGUAUGUGCCAUUUCAAACAAUACAAUGCGUGCUAUUUGUGCAGGGAUUUAUGGUUUUGUUGGUUUUCUCGAUGAUUUUUUAGUACUGGUGAUUGUGUUCAUCCACCUUGCUACUCUGUAUCGCAGUUUACUUCUGAACCGCCAUGGAGGUGCUUAAAAAGCCCCACCUAGCAUCGCAUAUGAAAGUGACUUGAUUGAAGAUGGUAUUUGUGGUAAAUUUCCUAAGAGUCAAAAACCAGAUUAUGAAAAUUUUCUAUUGAGAUGUCUUGUUCUUAAUGUGUGUAUGUAUAAGCAGUACCAACUCUUUUCUUCAGCUUGAAACUUGAACAGAUUCUCAUUUAUCGAAACAUCCGACAAUGCGAUUUUAGCAAA